GAUGUGAUGUGAAACAUAGCGAUUCAUCCCACAGUCUUGAACGCAGCACCAAACCUGGUUUAAAGAAGCGUGAGGAGGAGGAGGGAGAAGAAGAAGAAGUCAGCCGACUUUGAGGCAACAUUAACCUCCCUACUUUGUCGGGGAGAGUCGUUCAAAUUCAACCCACACUUGACAUCGUAGUGGGAAGGCGACAUUUGAACGAUUCUCCUGCUCGUACAGGAUGGCAGAGCAAACUAGCAGUGUGAGAUAUCAGGAGCUGGUGAAUCAUGAGGAGGAGCCACUCCCACCAUCUCAAGAGGGUCCUGCUCAGGAUGCACCACCACCCCCUUACAGCACUGUGGUUGCAGCAAAUUCAGCUUUCUUUGAAUAUAAGGAAGAUGGGGGAAGAUUCCCCAACCCACCGUCCUACAAUGUGGCCACCACUUUGCCCUCCUAUGAUGAAGCAGAAAGAAGCAAAGUGGAGGCAGCCGUCCCUCUUGUCAACGGGAGAGUCACCGAUGAGGACUUUGUGGCCAGAGACGACUUUGAGGACGCCGACCAGCUGCGAAUAGGAAAUGACGGCAUAUUCAUGCUGACUUUCUUUAUGGCAUUCCUCUUCAACUGGAUCGGCUUCUUCUUGUCCUUCUGUUUGACCACAUCAGCUGCUGGACGAUACGGCGCCAUCUCGGGCUUCGGCCUGUCCCUGAUCAAAUGGGUUCUUAUCGUCAGGUUUUCAACCUACUUCCCUGGCUACUUUGAUGGCCAGUACUGGUUGUGGUGGGUGUUCCUGGCUUUGGGCUUCAUGCUGUUCAUCAGGGGCUUUGUUAACUACUCCAGAGUGCGCAAACUUGCAGAUCCUGCGUAUGCCAGUCUACCCAGAACAAGAGUUCUAUUCAUCUAUUAGACUGAGCUCGUCGGACGUGGAAGACACGACGCACACAAAUCAAAGCGAUGAGUCGUCUGAGCUAAAGGAAGAAGCGAUUGGGGUACUAGUGGAUGGAUGACUUUAGUUUGCAAGCGUUUUAAGAGCAGGUUGAACUGUAAUAGUCCCUCAGUGUACUCGUUAGUGGCGCAUGUUCACCUGCUAUUUUCAUCUGGUCUGUUAACUUUUGUUUUCGCUGGACUACAGGCACGACGCUCACGUCACCAGCUGUUGUUAGCAUGCGGCGUCACCACGUGCUUUUGUCGGGACCGUUUCCACUCGUACAACAUGUGAGGCCAGUCUUAUAAGUACCAUACACUAUAUGGACAAAAGUAUUGGGACACAGGGCAGGGGUGUCCAAACUUUUUCCACUGAGGCCCGCAUACAGAAAGAUUGAAAGAUGCCAAGGACCUCAUCUAUUUUACUCUAUUAAACACGCUAUAACCAAUCUAAUGUACAUAACACAUUUGCCAGAAAUGAUUAGAACAAAUUAAAUCUUAAUCAAACAAUCGUAAUGACUUUUAAAAAAGUUUUUGGGGUGUGUAAACCAUAAAGACAGAAUUCACUGAUAACAACUAUAACUGCAAUAGGUUAAUGAUGUCUCCUUUUUGAAUGUGUGUGUUCAGUUUCCUAUAUUCAGACUAGUUGUGGCUAUAAUAGAAUCGAGUUGAUUACAGUGGAAUCUUAAUUUCCGAACUUAAUUGGGUCUUGAACAUGGAGAAGUUCAUAUAUAAAAGCAGAGUUCCCCAUAAGAGACAUUGUAAACAUGAAUAGUAGGCUCCAGCCUCGGCAAAAGUCCCGAUUUUAUUGAAGGUUUGUACACUUUGGACACAAUAUAAAGUGUUACACAUUACUGUAUAUCAAAACACAGGUGCAAUGUUCUAUUUAAUAACAAGUUGAACUUUGCUGUAUGCACUGCACUGCCAACACACACACAGAAGCCAUUAUGGUGUCCUCCCAAGCAAUCAGACAUCCUAAAACUUUAACAACCAUAUUGCUACAAUAAUAAACAUUUAAAAAAGUGACAUCACUCACAUUGACAAGGAGCUAAAUGGAAAGAGUGGACAGACAGUGAGAUAGAAAAAAGUGGGAUUGGCGCCUACUUGGUCAAUCAUACUUGGGAGUGCCAUUAAAUAACCUCCUAAGGCCCAAGCUGUUUGUUUACAUGCUUUUUUUUAAUUUCUCUUUGCUAUUUGGGCUUAUUGGACCCUAAUUAGAAUAAAAACUAAGAAUCAUCUUUUGAUAUGAUGUACUUAGUCCAUAAGUACACAAACGUGUACUUAAUGUUUAGUGACAUGCUAAUUCUUAUUUUUACACUUUUUUUUUUUCCAAAUUCCAUUGUACACUACCGUUCAAAAGUUUGGGGUCACCCAAACAAUUUUUUGGAAUAGCCUUCAUUUCUAAGAACAAGAAUAGACUGUCGAGUUUCAGAUGAAAGUUCUCUUUUUCUGGCCAUUUUGAGCGUUUAAUUGACCCCACAAAUGUGAUGCUCCAGAAACUCAAUCUGCUCAAAGGAAGGUCCGUUUUGUAGCUUCUGUAACGAGCUAAACUGUUUUCAGAUGUGUGAACAUGAUUGCACAAGGCUUUUCUAAUCAUCAAUUAGCCUUCUGAGCCAAUGAGCAAACACAUUGUACCAUUAGAACACUGGAGUGAUAGUUACUGGAAAUGGGCCUCUAUACACCUAUGUAGAUAUUGCACCAAAAAGCAGACAUUUGCAGCUAGAAUAGUCAUUUACCACACUAGCAAUGUAUAGAGUGUAUUUCUUUAAAGUUAAGACUAGUUUAACGUUAUCUUCAUUGAAAAGUACAGUGCUUUUCCUUCAAAAAUAAGGACAUUUCAAUGUGACCCCAAACUUUUGAACUGUAGUGUAUGUUAUACUCUUCUGACACCACCAGAUGGCAGUAUAAGUGUCCACAUAAGCGCCAUAAAACCCCAAUUCAGUAUUGUACACAAUUUUGGAAAUAAGGGCUAAAAGGUGCUGUCCACUAGGGCUGCAACUAACAACUAAUUUGAUAAUCGAUUAAUCUGUCGAUUAUUACUUCGAUUAAUCAUCGGAUAAAAGAGACAAACUAAAUUUCUAUCCUUUCCAGUAUUUUAUUGGAAAAAAACAGCAUACUGGCACCAUACUUAUUUUGAUUAAAGUUUCUCAGCUGUUUGUAAAUGUUGCAGUUUAUAAAUAAAGGUUUAUAAAAA